AAUGAGCAUCUAAGAUGGUCACUUAACUGGCACCAGUGCUCUUCAUGUUUUCAUGAUGCAAGCCAUAAUUGCACAAACAGCAUUAUUAGUCACUGAUACACCAGAGAAGAACAGGACAUGCUAACGCUGUGUGUCAUAAAAGAUAAGGUUUAUUAAGAGGAAGAGUUUAGAUCAUUGUCAGUAAGGAUCUGAGCCACUAUUAAUAAAGGUCAGAUGAGAAGCAAUCGCUUACUUAACAUUGUGACUUUUCUCGUCAAUCAUUAAUCAAAUAUAUAGAUAAGUCCCUGAGGUGUCAAGGUGAUGGAUGCCAAAUUAAACUCUGUUGGAAAAUUCCGGUAUUUGGACGUGAAUGCUGACUAGUUAUAUUUUCUACUGACUAAGAGAAAAGACAAACACUCUCUGAAUGUCUUCUACCCAGGUUCAGUGCAGGUUUGUGCACAUGCUGAAUGUGGAUGUGCUUUAGUGUCACUUUUUUCAGUCCUUAUCAUUUUCACGUGCACGGAAAUAUUCUGUUAAAAGAAGUUAAUUUUUAUUCAAAUUAGAGACAGACAAGGUUUGUUUUGGAAAAAGAAGUAAGACUCAGGUUAAUCUUUGACUUUUACCGCUUCAUGAAAAACCCAUCACUUUCCAGCAGACACUGAGCGAUCGGGGGAUGUUGUGACAUCUAGUGGACACGGCCUCAGACUCCUGAAUCAGAUACUGAGACGCUCUGAGGAGAAUCCGUGGCAUCCUUCUUCUCGGUUACUGCAUCACAUGUGUUCAUGAAAGACAUUAUUAAUUCAUGUCAUUCACAUAAUGGACAGAAAGUUUAGUUCCUCCUCUCCGUCACCGAUGGACGAUAACAGCCGGUUUGCAUAAAGGUGGAUUAUAUAAAUAUCACAUAAAUCCUGUUCAGACUCACAGCAUCGUCAGCAAGCAGACAGCAUCUCUCUUUAAGCUUCAAACUGAUCGGAGUAAAGAACACAAGUAAACAUGGAGACGGCCGUGUUCAACUGCUGGCUCCUCUUUCUGCUCUUCAGCCCGACUGUUCCCAUGUGUUUGCCCACAGACUUCACACUGUAUGUGGAGAAGCCGGAGUGCGACUUCUGUGUGGCCAUCAACACGACGAGCUGCAUGGGAUUCUGCAAGUCAUGGGAACGCAACUUGAGGGACAGCUUUGGCCCGCGCGUGGUCCAGAGAGGCUGCACCUAUGACGAGGUGACGUACCGCACCGUGGUGCUGCCCGGCUGUCCCGUCAACACCAACCCUCUCUUCACCUACCCGGUGGCCCUCAGCUGCCACUGCAGCACCUGCCGGACCGACAGCGACGAGUGCGCCCGCCGAGCCACCGCGGACAGGCCGAGGUGCACCAAACCAGUCAGACACGUCUACCCAUACCCCGGCCCCAGUGACUACAUGAUCCCUUUGUGAUUCUUUUAUUUCCUUUGAACGUCUCUCUGAAAUGACAAAGCUGUAACCACCUGAUCUAUGAAUGUUCUGGGAUAAAAAACCCACGUCAUCCUUUAGCCUGGGAUGGAUACACUCAUGUCUGCACUGUGUUUACUGUCUCCCAUUGUCCCAGCUGGUUUUAUUGUGCCUGUGUAGGUCAGUGUGUCUGGGCUGCAGCUCUGCAUAUUUACCCCCCUUGUUUGUGUGUGAGUCCCAGACUUAUUGUGUUUACUGUAAAAGUGAUACUCUGAAUACAAAUCAAUUAAAGGUGAAGUCUCUAAAUAG